AUGCAACAACCGCUACAACCUACAACCUACAACCUCUCUUUUUAGAAAAGUGCCCAAUUUCAUGCAGGGGCUUGUUGAAGCGAGGGAUUGCCCGCGUGGCCUGUCAACACUUUGACCUUGAACCUUUUUGUAUUAGAACGAACUAUUAAUCACUAUCCUACCGUCAUCAUCCUAUAUUCCCUACCACCCAUGUUGUUAACCUUUUGUUGACCCUUCGUAUUACCUUUAAGCUAUUUGCAAACACCCUCAAAUCCAAACACCAUUUCUGACAACCUGACUUACCUAACUUACCUACCUAACCUAUCCGAGCCUAGGUUGUUUACAUCUUAAUUUCUUACCUCUAUGUUCUGAACUUGGAAAGACAGGUAUCCCCAUGCCCUUGCGCGACUCCUCCAUUGAUUACCGAGGGACUGGUUAGAUGGUUAACUUUGGCAAUUAACCGUGUGAUAUCCAUGAUACAUAGUUUGGCAGGCCAUAACUAAAUUAAGAGGCGAAAAAGCUUUGGGUGCGGAACGUUAGGUACAUAGGCCAUGUGCUUCGAGCCUAGGUCUCUCCCCUAAACGAAACAAUGGCCGAGAACCCACGACCGCCCACCGCAAAUAGCAACAAGUCUAGGACCAUCCGAUCUCAAAAGAUCGCGCCUUCUUCCUCCGAUGCCGUUAGUAUAAGCGAGCGCAACGAGUCUUUAGAUCGAGUCCCUCCUCCCACUACCCGAAGUCAUACCCCAGGCCACCUUGCGUCCAAGAGCCAAGGCGGCUCAUCCAGUAGACGCAAGGCUUCCGAGCCAUCUAUACGGUCGCGUUCUCAAUCUGUCACCUCGAAAUCUGCCACAUAUGCCUCUCCACCUCCCCAGACGGCCCCGACGCCUAUCCCUACUCUUACUCUGCGGCGCCAUGGGGAGCAUAACAACCCCGUCCCGACCGAUCCGCAGGCCGGAUCUUCCACUAGCCUAGAUGCCGACGCACGGCGGCCGACGGCCAUGCGUUCGACAUCGGCCAUCGCAGGUCGGGCCACAACUAUGAGCGGGGCCUCGGGAAUCUCGGGGACCUCCCGCAAGUCGUCCGGCCCUCCACGGCCGCGAGGUCCCCACGUACCCUUCCCGCCUCUCCAAGACCCGAAGACGGCACCCGACGUGCCCGCUGCGCCCUCGUCCGGCAUGUAUUGGUCCCGGGCACCUGUGUCCGGAGCUCCCCACACGCCCCUCCGCGCGCACACGACAACGCUCGUAGGAAGCAACGUAUACGUGUUCGGGGGCUGUGACUCGCGCGCCUGCUUCAAUGAGCUAUACGUAUUAGACAUGGACUCGUUCCAUUGGAGUAGUCCUCAUGUAGCUGGCGAUGUGCCCGUCCCGCUCCGCGCUAUGACGUGUACGGCCGUCGGUAAGAAAUUGGUGGUGUUUGGUGGCGGCGAUGGCCCCGCCUAUUACAACGAUGUUUACGUAUUAGAUACGGUGAACUUCCGGUGGCAUCGGCCACGAAUUGUGGGAGACCGAACGCCGAGCGCGCGGCGAGCGCACACGGCUUGCCUUUACAAAAAUGGUAUUUACAUGUUUGGAGGCGGCGACGGUGUGCGUGCCCUGAACGACAUCUGGAGGUUGGAUGUGACGGACCCUCACAAGAUGAGCUGGAAAAUGGUGUCGGGGCCCUCAACGGGCUCAUCCAGCGGUACAAAUGGUAGCACCCCUGCUAGAGACGUCAAUAAGCCCAAAGCGCGGGGCUACCACACGGCCAACAUGGUGGGCAGCAAGCUGAUCAUCUACGGCGGCUCAGACGGCGGCGAGUGCUUUAAUGACGUAUGGGUAUACGACGUGGAUACGCACGCGUGGAAGGCGGUGCACAUCCCCGUCACGUUCCGACGACUGUCGCACACAUCGACGAUCGUCGGAUCGUACCUCUUUGUGAUCGGCGGCCACGACGGCAACGAGUACUCUAACGAUGUACUACUGCUUAACUUGGUGACCAUGACUUGGGACAAGAGGAGGGUGUACGGCCUGCCCCCGAGCGGACGCGGGUACCACGGCACCGUGCUUUAUGAUAGCAGGCUUGUCGUCAUAGGUGGUUUCGACGGUAGCGAGGUCUUCAGCGAUGUCUGGAUUCUGGAAUUAGCUGUUCAUGCGUACUAUUCGCAGAUCAGCCAUUUUACUAUCGAGGUCUGAGGAUAUCUAUCUAUCUAGGUCAUCUACUUCCCUACCUACCUUGGCAUUUUAACAAUCAUAUUUGGGGCAUCGGUGAUAGGCUGGUUGCUACGCACGUUGGACUCGAUUAGGAGGUAAACUAGGCUUACCUACCCAAUAACCGCAUAGGUAUCGCAUACACACACGAGAACGAAGGCCAGGGAGGUAAUCUUUGCUUUGCUUUAUUUUAGCGAAAACCGUUGGUCUUUCAGGGCUUUUCGGGUUUGGGGUGUGGCGGAUAUAAAAGGGGGUUCUAGGACCGGGGGGGUGGAAAUUUUGGAGGUUUUUAUAUCUCGAAAGCACGGGCUGGAUAUGAACGAACAAGGUCACGGGAUGACGAUUACAGGAGUCUUGUAUCUAGCGACCUAGGAACGUAAUGUUUGGUUGAUCUAUGGAUGGAUGUGU